CCGAACAGCUGACAGUUUGCUGGGCUCUUGGGGGAUAUUUUAUAUUGUUUUUUUUACGUUUUUCACCUCGUUUCCUAGACAAUUUUAAGAUUACAUUGGUUGGAUUUUUGUUCACCAACUCUGGCCAGGCUUUGAUGCUGUUUGCUAGGUUAAAACACGGGCUCUUUUUUCUUUUUUCUUUUUAAACAAAAGCUGUUCAGCUAGCUGGGACCCUGAACCAGAUAUUUAAGAAAUACAAAAAAAAAAAAGAAAGAAAACAAAAGCAACGUCCUCUGUCGCUCCAAGCGAGGCGCGUUGUAUUAUUCUCUCUUUAGAGUCCACCAGUCGGACCUGGGCUUCGGAUCGCGACAGCAAACCCAGAGAAAAGACGGAAACGCCGGUCUCCCGUAGCACAGAAUGACGGCGGUCCAGCUGAUAAAUAUCCAGCGUUUAUUGGAAGCUGCGGAAUAUUUAGAAAGAAGAGAAAGGGAAUGCGAGCACGGGUAUGCUUCCACGUUCCCGUCAAACCAGAGCACGAUCUACCAGAGGCAACGGAAACUGCGAAACAAGAAGUUUAACAGUAACAGCAACCGGUCCACACAUAACGAGCUGGAAAAGAAUAGGCGAGCUCACUUGCGGCUGUGUUUGGAGCGGCUGAAGGCUCUCAUACCACUGGGACCAGACUGCAGCCGCCACACCACACUGGGCCUCCUCAACAAAGCCAAAGCACACAUCAAGAAACUAGAAGAGGCAGACAGAAAGAGCCAAUACCAACUGGAGUCGCUGGAGCGAGAGCAGAGGCACCUCCAGCGUCAGCUGGACCUGCUGAGAGGAGGCAGUGGUGCCAGUGCUGCGCCUGGAACCCCGGGUUGCCUGGCAGAGGGAGAGAGAAUACGCAUGGACAGCGUGGGUUCCACCCUAUGCUCCACCUGCUCCGACUCUGACCAAGAGGAAAUCGAGGUGGAUGUAGAAAGCACAGAGUUCUCCCAUGGAGAGCUGGACAACGUGAGCACAGCCAGCACCAGUGACCUGGAUGACCACAGCAGCCUACAGAGUGUGGCCAGUGAUGAGGGCUAUUCCUCGUGCAGUGUUAAAAUCGCCUUCUCCUCCUAGAAUAAUCCCUCCUCCCCUCUGAAACCUAAACCACACUCCUCAAACCAGUUUCUACCCUCGAACCCUGACUCCCCACCCAUCCAUCCAUCCAUUCAUCCAUCCAUCCAUCCAUCCAUCCAAUCACCUCCAACAAUGAAUGCGCACACAGCUGAUGGCGUUCUCAUUGCCCUGGAUUCUCUUGCCUCUCAGUGACUUCCUGUUGUACCCAAAAGCCUUUGGUUGGUUUCACCCCGCCAUCCCCAACGACGCUGCUGAAUCCACAGUCUGAGGAGCUCCGAACAGGAGGCCCCUCCAAUUAAAGCUUUGGAGCCUGAACUACGCAGACACCAGAGAGCCAGUGAUCAACUCUAGCCCGGAGCCAGCUGCUGGAGCAGUAUCUGGAUGAUCUUGGUGUGUGACAGGAAAUUGUUUGGUUUUUUUUGAUAGAUCAGAAAUUUGGUCAACACAAAAAUCCUUUUUCAGUAACAGUUUUUACCACUUAACCCCAACGCAAAGGUCGAGGGAUUUUCCAGGGUGAUUUCUCUACUCCCUCAAUCAUCUGGAGAAUUUAGGCAAGCAAUCCCCAAAUGUGUCCACUUAGGUAAAUAUAAUUUAUAGUGUCUUCUUCAUGGUGUACAUGUGUGCAUACACGCAUGUGUAUGUGUGAGCUGGUCCCAUGUGUUCGAACAAAACCUUCUGCUAUGUGAAGCUGAAGGAGGGCGGAUGCAAUGGGUAACCUUUCCAUAUUAGCCUCGUUUGUUCUAUUUGACAUCCUUCUGUCUUUUUUUGAAGUGAAUCAUCUUUUCUCCUCCUGUGUCUCUGCUGGACGGUGCAGCAGCUUGGACAGUCGACUUGGUGCUAUGGUGACACGAACCAAACAAGGAAGUAGAUCUGAUCCACAUCUAAGCUUUGACGGCAAGCAACUGCUUCUGACACUUUGUUUUUCCUCUAGCCAGUCUCAAAGGAAUAUUUAGGUGUUUCAGCAACACUGAAGAAAAAAUGCUAUACAUUCCCUUCAAACACGGGUGCUCACUUGUAUUUUGAAGAAACAGACAUUGUGAGGGUUUUUUUUUCUUCUUUUCUUUCUCUCUCAUCUGAAAAGCAGCUACCGACAAACUCUCCUGCACUCGCCUACUUUGGAGCAGUCCGUAGAAACUGGCACAAACCAAGAAUCGAGACAAAGACAAACAAGUUGGAAUCCAAACAGCAGACUUCGGAAAAGAUGUCCAUCCUCUCCAGCACUAAGAAGCAAUAAGUCCUCGUCACCGUGGUGUCGCAACACUCAACCACACCUUCCCUCUUCUCAAAAGACACACACCCGCAUGUGUGUGAGCGUGUGUGUUCCUGUGUGCGCAUGUGUGAGACACAACAGCAAAUUCAACUUGCUUGUUUUUUGUACAUACAUACAAAUAGUGUAAUGAGUGGAAAAUAAAGUUAGAAAAAGGGUAGA